UCCGCUCAAUUCUUCUUUGCGUUUUCUGUUUGGAGAAAUAUCAUUCAAAUGAUAUAAUAUUUUUUUCUUUCAUUUUCUCAGUCGCCAAACGCAUCUGUUAGCGAUAAGUUUCAGGUUGUUUGAAAGCCAAAACGAUUGGGACGGAGGUCGAACCUCUUUUUAGGGUUAAACUUGGUAGAUAAAUAUAGCUGUAAUCAAAGCAAAAGAUGGGGGUUGAGAAUUACCAUGUAAUUGAACUGGUGGGUGAAGGAUCAUUUGGGAAAGUAUACAAGGGAAGGAGAAAGUACACAGGCCAGACUGUUGCAAUGAAAUUUAUUAUGAAGCAUGGGAAGAGUGACAAGGAUAUCCAAAAUUUAAGACAAGAAAUUGAGAUUCUUAGAAAGCUGAAGCAUGAAAACAUCAUUGAGAUGCUUGAUUCAUUUGAAAGCCCACAAGAAUUUUGUGUUGUGACUGAAUUUGCACAGGGUGAGCUAUUUGAGAUUCUUGAGGAUGACACGUGCCUUCCUGAAGAACAAGUUCAAGCAAUUGCAAAGCAGUUGGUGCGAGCAUUGUAUUACUUGCAUUCCAACCGCAUUAUCCAUCGUGACAUGAAACCUCAGAACAUCCUCAUUGGUGCUGGGUCCGUUAUUAAGCUUUGUGAUUUUGGGUUUGCACGAGCAAUGUCCACAAAUACUGUUGUUUUGAGAUCCAUAAAAGGCACUCCUCUGUAUAUGGCCCCGGAACUUGUACGGGAACAGCCAUACAACCAUACUGCAGAUUUAUGGUCUCUUGGAGUUAUAUUGUAUGAAUUAUUUGUUGGCCAGCCUCCAUUUUAUACCAAUUCUGUAUAUGCACUUAUACGUCACAUUGUUAAGGAUCCAGUCAAAUAUCCCGAUAAUAUGAGUCUGAGUUUUAGAAGUUUCCUGAAGGGAUUACUCAAUAAGGUACCGCAAAACCGUUUGACUUGGCCUGCUCUUCUUGAACACCCUUUUGUUAAGGAAACGUCUGAUGAACUGGAGGCCAGGAAUAUGCUUUCUUCAACUGUCCGAGAGCACAAUGCAACCUGGAGGGAUCAAGGAAGCUCUGGUAAAAUCAAGUCUUCCACUCCUUUAGAGAAUGGAAAUGGGUUGACCCAUCAGAAUGAUACUCAGUUACAGGCUCCUAAUCCCACCAUGGGAAAUUCCUCACCACAAGAUUUUCCUGGAUUUGCAGGACCAAAUGAUGUUAAAGAGCCAGGUAGCCAAAUAUUGGAUAGACUGGAAAAUACUUCACGUACAAUCCAAGGGGCACAAAUAAUUGGCGAAGAUAAUGAAGCAUUAGCACAUGUUUUACUGCCACUGAAAAGAUGGUCUAGAGGAUCACCAAGUCCUAGCAGGGAUCAAGACAUUCAUGGUUCGAUCCAGUCGUUAAGAAUUCUUUCAAACUUAGUUGCAGCUGGCGCUAUCCAUUCCGGUGGACUGCUCGAUGAAAUAAUACAUGCACUUCUUGUUUUUACUGCAACUGUUGUUGGCUUGAAAUCAUCUGAAGUUAAUAACUUAAAAGCAAAGAGUUUCUCUAUCAUCAAAAUUUUGGUAGACAACAAAGGAAGGGGCAUUACUGGUUCAUACUUCAGGCACUGGGUUGCUUUUGCCGAAAUUUUUUCACAGGUUGUUGAUUGCAGUGAAGAUGUAUGUGGAAGAGUUUUGUAUGAGUCCACUGCUUGCAUUACUGUUAUGUUAUCUACAGUUGCCCAAGGUCUAAAAGCAGUUUCUUCGAGUUCAGAUCGCGAGGUCAUUUCUGUUCCUUAUGAGACAUUCAAAAAGAUAUUGGAUCAUGCUAAAACAUCCAGUUUAGUGGACUGUUUGUGUCUCUGUUUAGCUACUACGGGCUCCAGUCUCAUCUCAGGUUCUUCAGAGAUGCUGCGUGCUUCUUGUGAAGCCUGUCGAGCUAUUUGGUCAUUGAUUGAUGCAUCAGAAAUUAUACACAUGAUAGAAAACGGCAAACAAUUUCCCCUAAGUGCUAUGCAAAAUCAUUCCUUUGUCAGACAUGACAUUAGUGAUCAGGAGAAAGGUUCAUUGCACGGCUCAGAAUCAGCAAAUUUUGCUGAUGCAGUGACAAAAGCAUUUCUUGGAUCAAAGUCAAUACAGGUUUCUAUAUAUUAUUGCCUUCAUCAACGUCUCGAGACUUCUUUAUGUGCAGGGAUUCAGCUCUUGUUGAGGUGCUGUCUACAUAGUGCAAUUGUCCCGGGCGUUUUAUGUGGCCUGCCAAAUUCCCUACCGGUAACUACUGUUGUCAGUGGUGGAGGGGAUGGCACUAUUAUUUCUGAGAUUUUCUCUGUAUUAUCUUUUUCUACAUCAUCUUUCAGUAAAGAUACACAAACGGGCCAAACAAAUAAUUUGAAGUGCAAAUUAACCAAUCCUGCUCUCGUGGUUCUGCAUUCUUGCCUUGUCAUUGCAACAGUUGCACAAUGUUUAAAGGCAACGGGAAGAAACUCCGCUUUAUUUAUGCUUACAACUUCACCAAAGAAUCAGAUUUCUCGACUUAUGGUCCUUGCCCACUAUUUCACUUCUGAUGACAGAACGAAAACUUCAUUCCAACCUCAUAGUGCCUCCGCCAUGUUGGCUCUUGCUUCCAUUCUAUCACUUGAAACCGGAUCUUCUGUGGAAUCCUCUGUCUCCGAAAUAGCAGUUCCUUUGAUUCCUCGAACCACCACACUUUGCGAGUGCCUCAAAAUUUCAUUAGGCAAUGAAAAUGAACUGGGUACUGUGACUACGAAUGGUUCCCUCUCACAUUGGCACGGCCUUAAGGAUGGAUGUGUUGGUUUGUUAGAAUCCAGGCUGAGGUGGGGUGGACCACUAGCCGUGCAACAGAUGUGCGAAAGUGGCGUCCCUAUACUUCUAAUUGAUUUGUUAGCUAGAAAAGAUCAAGUUGGGCUAUCCCCUGUAGGAGUAGUGUGGGCGGUUUCAUCAAUAUGUCCCUGUCUUUCCGGGGGAAUAACUACUUUUAGACAGGUUAUGGUGAAGUGUGAAAAUAUUAAGCUCAUUUCUGACUUGAUAGGUGAUGUACAUCUCAAGCUAGUAAAAUGCUGGGCGGGGCCUGGUGGAGGCAGGGAAGGAGUCAGAGAUAUAAUAAAUGCUGUAAUUGAUCUGUUAGCAUUUCCUUUUGUUGCUAUACAGAAUGCUCAAGGCUUGCCAUCAGCUACUACUUCUGUAAAUAGUGGUUUCCUUCUCAAUAUGGGUUCACCAGGUGGGAGGGUGUGCAUCGACGACAAGGACAUGGUGAAAGUAAUCGAGGAAGAGUUGGGAAAGUAUAUUAAAAUCCUUUUAGAGGUGGGAGUGCCUGUAGUUAUUCUUCGAUGUUUGGAGCAUAUGGAGUCAAAAGAUUUGGGCAGGCCUGUUGCCUUCCUUGCUAAAAUGAUAAACUAUCGCCCUCUUGCAGUUCAACUUGUGAGUAAAGGCCUGUUGGAUCCUAAUCGGUGGAGAAGGUUGCUUGAUUAUUCAAGCCCGAAAGAAGUCACACUAGAUGCUCUUAUGAUUAUUUCAGAUUUAGCUCGAAUGGACAAGGGAUUCUAUGAAUUCAUCAACAGGGCUUCUAUUUUGGAGCAUUUGAAGGAAUUUCUUGUCCAUGAAGAUCCCAACAUACGUGCAAAAGCCUGUAAUGCUCUAGGCAACAUGUGUCGAUAUAGCUCCUACUUUUAUAGUACACUGGCAAGAUGUCAAAUCAUUGGCCUUCUAAUCGACCGAUGUUCUGAUCCAGAUAAACGCACACGAAAAUUUGCAUGCUUCGCUAUUGGAAAUGCUGCUUACCAUAAUGACACAUUGUACGGAGAGCUCAGAAGAUCUAUACCUCAGCUUGGGAAUUUAUUGCUUUCAGCGGAAGAAGACAAGACCAAAUCAAAUGCUGCUGGUGCAUUAAGCAAUCUUAUUCGCAACUCCAACGAGCUUUGUGAAGACAUUGUAUCCAAAGGAGCCAUGCAGGCUUUACUGAAGUUGGUGGCUGACUGUUCAGCAGUAGCUCUGAAUCCAAGUAAGAAAGAUGCCUUAAACGAGUCACCUCUUAAGAUAGCUCUGUUUUCAUUGGCGAAGAUGUGUUCGCACACACCAUGUAGACAGUUCCUUCGUUCGUCAGAGUUGUUCCCGGUCAUUGGCCGGCUUCAGCAAUCCCCAGAAAAAGAAAUUGCCAAAUAUGCCUCCAUCAUUGCCACCAAAGUCGCUGAUGCUUAAAGCAUCAAGAAUUGGUUUUGUCAGUUGUGUCAAUUAACGUUUUGGGAGAAUGCCGUCAAUAGAAUUUCACCAAAAUUAAGAGUCACAAUAGACUCUCUUCUAUGUUUGCUUGAAUAUUGUUUCUUUUAACAGUUCAAUAUGUAAAUUCCA